AUGCAUACCCAGCCGACAUGCUUUCAAACUGAUCCUGAACAACCGGAUUUAAAUGGUUAUCACUGGCUUAUAAUUGACUUCGGUAUUGUAAUGCACCAUGUAAAAGAAGUUAGAUUGGCUCCAAAUCCAAGUCAUAAAAAUUAUGCUACAAAGCUCUCGAAUAUUGAUGUAUUUCUAAUAAAAAAUGGAGAAUCUUUGGAAACAGAUGAAAUGCUAACAUCACUCAGAAGGUCAAGACAAGGGUCAGUGAGGCAAAUUAACUGGAAUUCGACAGGCAUUCAUUUCUGUCAUUCAACAGGGACUAUUUCUGCAGGUACUAGAGCGGCUAGUAUAGAAUGCCCAGAAGCGAUGCAUGGAAGAUGGCUAGCCUUGAGAAGACUAGAUGGGGAAUUAAACAUUUGUCUAAUCAACGUUUAUGUAAAGAAAGCUUUUGAAGAGUGCUUUAUUUAUUAUUCACUGAAAGAACAACAAAUCUGGCCCAGUCUAACAGGUCAACCAUUUAGUUUUAUACGCCACCUGUCUAAGUCAGCCUGUCGUGCUGGAUGUUCCUCCAACCGAAACUGUCAAGCAAUACGUUACAGGAAAGCAAGACGUACUGGAGUCUGUGAACAGAUACGUGAUGUUGUACUUUCAGAAGAUCUCACCAACAAUACAAUAGAUGGGAGUGAUCAGUUUCAACAGGAUUCUUUGUUACGCUGUGAUUCUGAAGACUGCAGUAUUGCUUUAAACAAAUGUCAAUUAGGUAAAUUAUAUGAAAUGCACAGAGUGGUAGCUCCUCAAGGGAGUGAUGUAUCAGAAUCUGAUGGUAGUUACAAUGAUAAUCAAAGUGGAAAUAAAUUUUCAGUAUGGGAAGUUAAAUCUGACCAGCAAACAGCUGUGUCCAGUAUACUGAGCCCCAUAGAAUCUGGACAACUGCUGUCCAUUCAAAUGGACGGUUACUUAUACUGUAGCGAAGCGAUUUGCGAUACACUUAAAGUCUAUUCAGUGGAUGAGAACAAAGAAGCCUCUUUUUGUGGUGAAAUUGACUCACUCGUCGUAUCCCAUUUGAGCAAGUAUUAUUUAUUCUGUGAAAAUAAUUAUCCAAUAGACAAACUGAAGUCGAUUCGUUUAGAAUGGAAUAAUAGGGGAAGAGAAAAUACUGGUUAUCUACUUGUGAACAUAACACAAAUGUUUAUAAGAAUUACACAGAAUGCAAAGUUAUUCAGCCUUAAUUUAAAACAUAACAAUAACCAAGCAACAACUCAUCCAACUACAACAAUUACAAGUGAAAUAGAUUUCAUCACAGAACAGCAAUGGAGUGCACCUCAACACAGCGAUCAGCUAGAUGAACAGAAAGAAGAACGAAAAGACGAAAAUGAGGCACUACAACAAACACAGCAUAUUCAACAAGAAGCGGAACUGCUUCAACAGUAUUAUCAACAGGAAACUGAAGAACAGUUAGUUCAGCACCACGACCAGUAUUCAGUUGAAGGGGAGCACCAGAAAAAAGAAUUGACAGAAACCAGUGCUGCUGACAAUGAUGUGGUGGGAACAACUAGCCAUUUGAGUUGGUUUGAUCCAAAUACAGAAUCUAGUAUAGAUGAAGAAGACGAUUUUGAGACGUCAAACUCUGAUUUUGAUGAUGAGAAAAACGAAAAACCAAUAACACAUGAGAAGGGAUUUAAAAUCAUUCAAAAAACAAGCCCAGUUAUCGAAGCUGAAAAAGAAUUUGUUGAAAAAAGUCAAAACAAUGACAGAAUAAAUGAACAUAUUACGACAACUGGAGCUUAUGAAACAUUGGAGCACAUUGAAAAAAUUGAUUUAGUAGACACAAAUUCACAGGCAUCGCAACCGAGUGCAUACAGUUUUCCUGAUAAAAAGGAAGAAACUGAUGCCGAAGAAAGUCUGACACCAACUAAACUGGGUGUACGUGAAGCAAGAAGGGAUCAAGAUGGUGAUAGACCACAGGUGGUUGAUAAAAAUUACCGUAACCUUGAAAGAAAAUCACCUUUGACAGCAGUAGCCUUUAAAGAGAACAAAACAAGAAAUAUAGGUUCAUCUUCACACAAUCCUAAAAUAAUUUUAAUUGCCACAACUCACUUUAUUUACAUUCUUACAUUUUUAUAA